AUGAUCUGGGCGAACCUCUUCAUCCCGUAUUGUGAUGCCCUGAUCGGCUUGGAGAAGUUAUUAUUCGUCGUCGCCCCCAGCUUCUACCAAACCCUCAACUCUCGCCAUGUUCAUCGAUUUAUGUUCUGUCUUGUCAUCGUUGUCACGAUCACGUCUAUAUGUUUUAUCAUCCAUUGGUCAAAUGUUAAUGACUUUAUGACGACUAUGUUUGUCUACGAAGCCCACGCCAAGCAAAACACACAAAACGGACGUUUCUACGCCAGUUUUGCCUUGGCUGUAAAAUGGACAGGGCUUAUAAUCCUCGCCACCGUCAUCUGUAACCUCAUACCGGAGUGGUGCCGAUGGUUAAAUCUAGACAUCUACAGUGGCUACGAGUUCUACGUAUACGUCCUCUUCGCCGCCAAACCAAUCUUCAACACCUUUGUCGUAAACUGGCUGGAGAAGAAGCUCGGGGACUCUGAAGAAUGGGGAGGACGAAAUGCAGCGUCUUUUCUCAGCAAGGAGAUGAUCGAGGAGUUGGAGACGUGCUUUCAGCGCCUGGAGACGAACAUCAAGGUGAAGCUGCUGACGGCAAUUCUUCACGUGCAGCCGAGGUUGAUGGCAAAUUGGAAACAGGAAAUGUGUCAGUUGAUCUACUUGGGGCAUCGGGAUCCGGACGACUGGGUUGAGGCAAUUGCCGAGCUGAUCAAAGAUCUCCCAAAUACUGGUCGUAUCACCUUUGAGGCACCCGCUUCCGGUGAGGGCCACUAUUCCACUACAUUACAAGAGCUGAAAAAUAUUAUGAAACGCCACGCCCAGGCCGGCGAUCUCCGAUUAUUACCUCCAAGCUCACGGAUCGUCUCGGAAACGGCGCUAAAAAAGCCGAAGCAGCCGCCAACCCGGCGGCAAAUCAAAAACUCGGCUCCGUCCACAGCCUCCCCAUUUGCAAGAGAAGGCGGCGCAAAACUGCUCGACAUCAACGAAAUCCCGCAAGCGUUGAAGAAGCGGAAAUGCGACGUUCUGGCGGAGGAGCGGAAGCGGAAAGCGGAAGAGAAAGAGGAAGCCAAGAAGCAGGAACGAGCAUUGAGGGAAGCCAAGCAGGAGGAGAUGCGGAAAAAGCGGGAAGCGGAGAGAUUGGAGGCGGAGAAGAGGCGCCAGGAGAAGAUAGCCCAAUCGAAGGCCAAGGCCAAUAAGGUGGUUCGAAACGAUUCGGUGACCUCGCAGGCGUCGCUGGAUGAGACCAUUGAGGCCGUCAUCAAAUCCCCUCCGCCACCGCCAAAACCAACACCCAAAGUGUCUGUUGAACCGGCCCCAAUCCCCAGAUCAAUUUUCGACGAAGCCAUCCAAAACGAGACGGAAAAAGCAGUGGGAUCCCUCACGCCAGACUCUCCGCAUGGUGGACUGUUUCAGCCAAUUGCAAGUACUUCUUCGGAACGAAAGGUGGCGCCGCAGCCCUCGCCACUACUCUCCCCGGCUUCAUCGGCUUCUCCCAUGCAGUCACCUUCCUACAAUACCGGCGGUCUAUUCGCUUCUGUCGUACCGACGCCACCGCCUCCACAACAAACCAGGCCGGCUCCGAAAAACCCGGUGGACGAGCGCAUCUACGGUAUCCUAAACCAGGUCCCAAGGCAGCCCGCGCCCGAGUCACAGCCUGAAAACGAGAUCACCUCCCACCUCUUCCAACCCAUCCAGCAACAAGUCAGAGAGCCGCAACAACCCGCCCAGAUUUCGCAGCAGCGCAGCUCCUCCGGAGAACUUCCGGCCUUCCGCCUGACUCAUAUGAACCAACCGCCACGACAAGGGCUUCUAAAUGCGCAAGGACAGCCGAUCCGUGUCCUCGUCCAACAAGCCCCGCCCCGACAAGUUCAAGCAGUUCCGGUGCAGCAAGUCGUUCAGCAACAACAGCCUCAACAGCACCAGCAACAACAACAACAGCAGCAACAAGUUCAGCAACAGCCGCAACCCCGGAUGUUCCAGACCAUUCAGCAACAAACAGCGCCGAAUGGGCAGACGAUAUACGUCAGAAGAACGAUCCCUGUUCAGCAACAACCUGGAGGACAAAUUCAAGCCCAACAGCCCCAACAGCAACAACCCCAAUUCCUCCGCCAAGCUGUGCAACGCCAGCCCGAGCAGCCGCCCAUGGAUAAGACCGAGCUCGUCCGACGUCAAUGCGAGGAAAUGCUGCGCACCGCCAACUCCCUCGAUGCGAAUAGCCGAAAAAUUGUGGUCGACUUCAUGUGCGGGAAUAAAGUCAACCCACGCCCUGACAUUGGCCAGGUCCUGACCAUCAAGCUGUCGGAAAAUAUCGAAGACGGCGUGAUGAAUGGGAUGCAAGCCAAAUGGAGGGCUGAGACGUUCUUCCAGAUGGACUUUUCCACGGGUGAAUGGAAACGGUUGCGAAAAUGCAAAUUGUUGACGAACGCCGAGUUGGAGCAGCUGGGCUACUCCGUUCCGCAACAGCAACAACAAGCCCCCAAUAUGUAUCAAGCUUUU